AAUCGACAACGCUUUAUUUUUCUGUGUGUCUGGUCAUACAUAUUUGUCGUUGAAAAUUUCGUGAUUCGAAGUUCCAAUCGCAAGAAAAUUCGCAAACAUGUUUCGCAUUUUUAUGCUGAUCAUCGCGAUCUUUGUGAUGAUCGACGCACAAUUACACAAGAUUUUAUUAUACAAGAUGGAUUCUAUUCGACACGUUUUGAAGAAAUUUGACAUUGCCGUUAAUAUUCCAAUAAUUUCUACGAUCGAAAUGCCUUUAUGUAAAUAUGUAGAUGCUCAGUAUUAUGGUAUUAUUAAUAUCGGAACUCCGCCGCAGACAUUUAAAGUAGUGCUUGAUACUGAUUCUUUAAAUCUUUGGGUACCAUCCGUAUACUGCAACUAUUCAACCACAGCUUGCUUAAUACAUAAGAAAUAUGAUGGUAGAAGAUCCAGUACAUUUGUACAAAAUCCAGAUACGCAUGUUACGAUUGUGAUUCCAUAUAACUGUGGCUGGGUGACUGGAUUUAUAUCUACUGAUGUAGUGAAUAUUGCCAAUCUCAGUGUUCACAAUCAAACAUUUGCGGAAGCACACCAAGAGCAAAGCGAUAUGUUCAUUUUUGGACAAUAUGAUGGUAUUUUGGGCAUAGGUUUUAGAAUAAAUGAAGUAGGAUCUGUAUUCUACAAUGCAAUAAAACAAGGCCUAGUGUCAUCAGCCGUUCUCAGUAUUUAUUUGAAUAAAAAUUUGUCGACAGAGGUCGGUGGUGAAAUAAUAUUGGGUGGUACCGAUCCCGCUUAUUACGAAGGCGAGUUGACGUAUGUUCCUUUUAUUAAGAAAAGAUACUGGAAAUUUAUUAUAAAUGAGAUCACAAUACAUCAACAGGACAUUCAUAUCUCGCGCACUUUUACCAUGCGCGCGUUAUAUCAAGGUAUCGCUGAUACAAGUACCUCAUUAAUAUAUGGACCAAUUACGAACAUCUCAUUUAUUAAUGAUCUUAUUGGAGCUAGUAUCAUUAAUGGAGAGUAUAGAGUAAACUGCAGCAAGAGAGACUCUGCUGAGAUGCCAGUAAUCAGUUUUGUUAUAGGUGGUAAAAUGUUUGAUCUUAUCAGUCAGGAUUACAUCUUACAGAUGCUAACAGUUCAUGGCACGGUGUGUAUAAGCGGCUUCGCACCGUAUAAAACUGUUGAUAAUUGGAUUUUAGGCGAUAUAUUUAUUGGCCGUUAUUAUACCGUGUUUGAUUUUGAGGAACACCGAAUGGGAUUUGCCCCAGCGAAAAAAGUGUCGAUUGCUAUUUCUUAAAAUUAUAUAAUAAGACAUCGCAUUUAAAUGAUAACUUUGCGAUUUAUUCGUUUUGGAGGAUAUAUAUAUGGAAAAUAUUUUCCAUUAAUAAUUAGAUAUAUUUUCUUU